AUGUCUUGCGGCGACAUCUUUCUCGGGCUUAUUGCCAUUCUAUUCCCUCCCAUUGCAGUAUGGAUCAAAUCUGGCAUCUGCUCCUGCGACUCCCUAAUCAACAUCCUGCUAUGCAUGCUGGGAUACCUUCCAGGCCUUCUGCACGCCUGGUACAUCAUCGCGCGCAACCCGGAGCGCAAUUGGGACUACGAGACCAUCCCGGACGCCGAGUCGCAGCGUGUCACGUAUUACUAUAUCCGCACGGAACCCGCGGGCGGUCGUCGUCGCAGUAGUGCUGGCAACUACGGCACCCCCCAAGGUCCCAAACAUCGCCCCGCUCCUCCUCUUCCCCCAAAGCCUGGCAAAAUGGUCGCUCCACAACAAACGGCUGGACAAAGCAGCCGACCGGCACCGCCGCCUCCAAAUCACCCCUCGGGUCCGGCCGUGGGUGCAGGAAGCCACGAACCUGGCGCGCCGCCGAGUUAUUCGGAGGUCGUAAAGGGGGAUAACAAGAUCCAAACUCAGGAUUGA